AUGGUGCGACCGGUUCGAAAGAAGCGCGGCGUGGUUCGCUACGAACAAGAAUUUCCAAGCCAUCGUCGCGGUCGCUUCAAUUUGGACGACUACGAAGGUGACUUCGACUCUUUCUACUGUUUCUCGGCUGAAGAAGAUGGGGAACAAGCGUCCAGCUAUCGAGAAGUGAUGAAGAGCGGCUACAAGGAGCAGUGGCUCCAGGCAAUGAAGAGUGAGAUGAAGUCGCUUGAAGAACACAGCACAUGGAAGCUAAUGGACAUGCCACCGGGCAAGAAGGCCGUUGGCUGCAAGUGGGUCUUCAAGAUUAAACGCGAUCCAAGUGGCGAGAUCAUCAAGUUCAAGGCACGCUUGGUUGCGAAAGGGUUCACGCAGCGUCCUGGCAUCGACUAUAACGAGACCUUCGCACCAGUGGCGCGCAAGGAAUCUAUCAACACAGUGUUGGCGAUCGCUGCAGCCGAAGACCUGGAAGCAGAAAACGUUGAUGUCGACACAGCGUUUCUCUACGGCGAAGUGGAAGAGGAGAUCUACAUGGACCAACCUGACGGUUUUGAAGAUGAAGGAAGCCCGAAUAAGAAGUGUUUGCUGCAGAAGGCGCUAUACGGGACGAAGCAAGCGGCGCGGCAGUGGAACAACAAGUUGAGUCAGCACUUGGUUGAUCAAGGAUUCAAGAGCAGUACAGCGGACCCGUGUGUGUUCGUUCGAGUGACAAGAGAGGAGUACAGCAUCAUCGUGAUCUACGUGGACGACUUGAUGAUUUUCUGCAAGACGAAGGAGCACAUCGCAAGUAUCAAGAACUCAUUGAUGGAAGAUUUCAGCAUUAAAGAUCUUGGAGAUCUCAAGUACUGCCUCGGGAUCGAGAUUCAUCGCAAGCGCGAAGAUGGAACGAUCAAGAUGAACCAGAAGGCGUACAUCAAGCGACUUUCGGAGAAGUUCGGCGUUGAGAACUGCAAGGACAUGCACACGCCGGCGGACAGUAAUUCGAAGCUGAUCAAGAUGGGUCAAGAGGAAGCGUUUGUACCAAAGUACCCAUACCGUGAGCUGGUGGGCGCUUUAAUGUACAUCGCCACAUGUACACGACCGGACAUUGCGCAUGCGGUUGGCGAAGUUGCGAAGUUUUGCGAGCGCUACGACAAGUCGCAUUGGACAGCAGCAAAGCGGAUUCUCAAGUAUCUCAAGACGACUCAAGACUUAAGCAUCGUUUUCAGCGGCAUCAACAAGGGAGAGCUGAUUGGAUUUGCGGAUGCAAACUGGGCUGGCGACCUCGACACGCGGCGUUCGACAACAGGAUACGUUUUCUUCCUGAACGGAAGCGUGAUAUCGUGGAACUCGAAGCGUCAACCAACGGUCGCGACCUCAAGUACGGAAGCAGAGUACAUGAGUCUGUACAGCGCGACGCAGGAAGCAAUUUGGCUUCGAGGUCUGCUCAAGGACCUGAACUACUGUGCCAAGAACGCGACGACGAUUUUUCAAGACAAUCAAGGUUGCAUCGCGCUGGCCAAGAAUCCUGUGUACCACUCGCGCACGAAGCACAUCGACAUCAAGUUUCACUUUUUGCGUGAAAAGGUUGCAAGUGCAGUUAUCGCGCUAGAGUUCAAGCCGACAGAAGAAAUGGUCGCGGAUGGAUUCACCAAAGCACUUCCAAGAGACAAGCACAGCAAGUUCAUCACGGGUCUGUGCAUGGCGGUGUAG